AGAAGAAGAGCCUGUAGCGCUUGUUUCGUGGUUGUUCAUCGCGUGUGCUAUUCUUAGCUACACAUGGAUCCUGCUGCAUCUGUGGUGUUGGUUUCCCUUAGGCCUGUCCUGACCGAAGCUGCGAGGACACUUGGCGCUCCUGCACCGAUGUACCUGACUGAUCAUGCCAACGGAGAGUACAUUUGUAGCGUUCAGCUGAUCCUGCCGAUGAGAUGCCACCCUGAUUGCACACAGGUGGCACACGCCGUGGGUGGCGUUGCAACUUCCGUGAUUGAGGCCGAAGAAAAGGCGGCUGAGUGUAUGAUAAAUGCAUUACUUAGGAGAUUCGGAGUUCAGUUCAAUGAUAUGAACUGGACACGUCUCAAUCGGUCCCAUCGCAGAUUUACCAUGGCGCGUACUUCCCUUAGUGAGCUGUCAGAGAGGGCUGGUCUAAUGGAAAAGGGCUGGGAGCAAUCCCUAGCCGACAUCAAGGCUGCUCGUGACAUAUGUACUGACAUCUCGUCGUGCAGUGGUGACACACUUGACGUGUGUGAAGAGCCCACGCCGCAAGGUGAAACACUUUUCGCUGUCCACUCUCUUGGUGCAUGGACGCAGGAGCGUUUCGAUGAAGGUAUGAUCGCUCUCACUGCAGCAAGAGGGAGCACGUCUUCUUGAAUCAGUAUGGUGGCUGGUCACAUCGAGGGAUUAUAUGGAGCUCUGUGUUUAACAAAGCUUCUUAUAUAGAAAUCGUUACUCAUGUAGGCGUGCGUCUGUGUUGUUUUUAUUUUUAGUAGCACACACGGUUGUGGUGAUGUGGCUGUCAAAUUUUGAUCCUGUGAUGCGCUCCUCGGUGAAACAUUAUGCUUGUUUUACCAUAGCAUCGACGGUCUAGCCGAUGUUACUAUGCACUUCAUAUGCACUUCUAGUUGGGUCAAUCUCGGGCAAGCUUGUACGGUGACAUAAAUAACACGAACAUGCGUUCUCCUUUAUAUCUUGAAUGUAAUUUUGUUCUGUUAACCAUGUUAUCAGGUCCUUCAUGUAUUAUUAUCCUGCUAAAUGCUAUUUCACUUGGAACGCAAGAAUGAUGCAAUGUAAAAGGGAAGAUUCACUGGUAACUAACCUGUGUAAAAAAAAUUUGUCUUCCACGUGUAA